CGGAAUUGGUUUUGGUAGUUGAGGUGCUUUUCAGGCAAUCAUGCAGAGUACAGCAAACUACUUGUGGCUGAUCUCAGAUCUGCUGGGGCAGGGAGCGACAGCCAAUGUGUACCGCGGUAGACACAAGAAAACAGGUGACCUCUAUGCUGUCAAAGUGUUUAACAACUUGAGUUUUCUGCGACCUCUGGAUGUACAGAUGAGGGAGUUUGAGGUGCUGAAGAAGCUUAACCACAAGAACAUUGUCAAGCUCUUUGCUGUGGAGGAGGAGUCAAACACCCGUCAUAAAGUGCUGGUGAUGGAAUACUGCCCAUGUGGAAGCCUGUACACUGUGCUGGAGGAGCCCUCCAAUGCGUAUGGACUACCAGAGGAUGAGUUCCUCAUUGUUUUACAGGAUGUUGUGGCAGGGAUGAACCAUCUGAGGGAGUAUGGCAUUGUGCACCGAGACAUCAAGCCUGGGAACAUCAUGCGUGUAAUCGGAGAAGAUGGGCGCUCAGUCUACAAGCUGACAGACUUUGGCGCAGCACGUGAACUGGAGGAUGAUGAGCAGUUUGUGUCCCUCUAUGGCACAGAGGAGUAUCUGCACCCAGACAUGUAUGAACGGGCAGUUCUCAGGAAGGACCACCAAAAGAAGUACGGAGCUACUGUGGACCUGUGGAGCAUCGGGGUCACGUUCUAUCACGCCGCCACAGGAAGUUUACCUUUUAGACCCUAUGAAGGACCUCGAAGAAACAAAGAAGUCAUGUAUAAGAUCAUUACAGAGAAGCCCUCCGGUGCCAUCUCAGGGCAGCAGAAGUUUGAAAAUGGCAAAAUUGAAUGGAGUACAGAAAUGCCUGUGUCCUGUAGCCUCUCUAAAGGUUUGCAGAGUUUAUUGACUCCAGUGCUGGCGAACAUCUUGGAGGCUGACCAAGAGAAAUGCUGGGGUUUUGAUCAGUUCUUUGCAGAGACCAGUGACAUCCUGCAUCGCACAGUUGUUUACGUCUUCAGUCUACAGCAAGCCACCCUGCACCACGUCUAUAUUCAGACAUACAACACAGCCACGCACUUUCAGGAGCUGCUCUUUAGACGGACCAAUAUUAGCCCUCCCAACCAAGAGCUGCUGUAUGAGGGAAGACGCCUUGUUCUUGACCCCAACCGACAAGCCCAGACUUUUCCUCGCACAUCUCGAGACAACCCUAUCAUGCUCGUCAGCAGAGAGCUGGUCACCACCGUAGGACUGAUUUUUGAAGACCCGAGCCCCCCGAAAGUGCAGCCACGCUAUGACUUGGAUCUGGAUGCCAGCUAUGCUAAGACUUUUGCUGGUGAUGUGGGCCAUCUGUGGAAAACCUCUGAGUCUCUGCUUGUGUAUCAGGAGCUGGUGAGGAAAGGAGUACGGGGCCUGGUAGAACUGAUGAAGGAGGACUUCAAUGAGACAGUGCAUAAGAAGACAGAGGUAUUCCACAUGUGUAACUACUGCAAUCAGACUCUGGAGAAGACUGAACAGCUGUGUGAGGUACUGAUUCAAGCAAACAUGCUGCCGUCAGAGUAUGAAGAAAUAUCAGACCUGCGCAAAAAAGUAAUGCGACUCUCAUCAUCUCUUGGUGCCAUGGACCAGACAAUGCAAGAUAUCAAAAACAAGUUCCUCCCUGGUGGUUUGUUAACAGAUACAUGGACACAGCAAGUGGGCACACAUCCUGAGGACAGAAAUGUGGAGAAGAUCAAAGUUCUCCUGGAUGCCAUCACAGCCAUUUACCAGCAGUUUAAGAAGGACAAAGCAGAGCGACGUUUACCUUAUAAUGAGGAACAGAUCCACAAAUUUGAUAAGCAGAAACUGGUGUUCCAUGCCACCAAAGCUCGGACACUGUUCACAGAUGAGUGUGCUAUGAAGUACCGUCUGUUCAUCUCCAAGAGUGAAGAAUGGAUGAGGAAGGUGCAUCAUGUGAGGAAGCAACUGCUCUCCCUGACCAGCCAGUUCAUCAGCAUGGAGCCAGAAGUGACCAUGCUCAUGCAGCGGGUUUGUAAGAUUCAGGAGCAGUUGCCACAGAAAAUCCUGCCAAUGGCAUCAAGUGGCAUUAAGCCUCAAGCCUACCUCAGUCAGAGCACGCUGGUGGAGAUGACUCUUGGAAUGAAGAAAUUGAAAGAAGAGAUGGAGGGAGUAGUGAAGGAACUGGCAGAGAACAACCUUUUCCUUGAGAGAUUUGGCACUUUGACUGUCGAUGGCGCCCUGAGAAACGUGGAUAGACUCUGAGACGGCUCUACAUCAUGGCGACGACAGCGCUUCUGGAAAAGGUCUCCAGGACCUUGUCCUUAUAAUGGUGUAGGUGAAGAGGGUUGACCUUAAAGUCAGAUAUGUCAUAUUCCUGUACAUUUGUGUUGUAAAUAAUUAUUUGAGUUCUGGAGGACACUUUUAUUUCUUUUUUUUUUUUAUUUCUUGCCUGACCUUUCAGAUGCUCAUGUUUGUGAAACUUAAAAAAUAUAUUUGCUUCCUAGGGUUGUAUUUUCUUUUAAGCUUUUAAACUUUAUUUUAUGUGUACUAAAUGCUGUACGUCUCCAUAACUUUAAAAUGCACCUCAUCAGUCUCCCUUCUUUUAGUUAUUAUUAUUAAUCUGGCACUCACUGCCCAGGACACUGUUAAGAGUAGUGUGAGAACUGCAAAAUGAAGGUAAUUUACAGUAUAAAUGUUGAGUGACCCCAGUGGUCUCAUUAAUCCCGGAUUUUAAAUGCCCUGGUUUGCUCACUACUGAGUAUGGCUAUGUUAGUAUUUACCACUGUCAUGAAGAAUGAAUGCUAGUGAAGCUAAUGUUAAAUUGGAUUCGAUACAUAUUUCCUGCUGAGGUUCAUGUUCAUUCAUGGACGUCAGUGUAAAGCUGUGAUAUAUGAGGGCUUCACCCCAGGCUUUUCAUGACAGAACUUUGUUGAUUUAAAUAAAAUGGCAUUAUGAGUAUGGUUUAACAAAUACAUUGGAGCAGCUCUGCAACCCUAAAUCCUGAAAUGUACAUUAUCUAUAACCAUGUGUUUUCGUUGAAUCAAAGAAAAUUACAAUGCCAAACAGAGCUUGAAUCAAUAAAUGUCAAAUAUAUUAAAAUGGGGAAAUUUGGUGUUUUACUUUUCCUUAUACUGUAAGUGAAUUUUCAGAGAUCAUACCAAAUACCAAAUAAAUAAUGACAUAACAGACUUA